GCUACCGCCGCAGCUUCGGAAUGCAAAUUUUUAUUCGCUUUGCAAUUGUGACAAUCGUCUGUGGAUUUCUCAUCACUACGGUGAACUUGAAAUUUGCAAUAAGUUUAAAGCCACCUUUUCAUCAUGAAGCAUUGACAUCUGAGGGAGAAUUCACACUUCCUCAACAUGUAAAUUAUCGUCUACCCAAUACGUCUGAGCCCCAGCACUACGAUUUGAUGCUGUACACACAAGUGGAAGAGGGCGUACGCAAUUUCUCAGGAAUUGUCAUUAUAAAUCUAGUGGUCAUUGAAGAGACUAACUCCAUAGUUUUGCAUGCGCAUCAUUUGAAUGUUACAUCCGCCACGAUUCUUGCCAAUGGUGGUUACAUGGAACAAUUGAAUUAUGACUAUGCGGCUGCUGAGGAAUUUCUCAUAUUGUGGCGUAAAAGGCCGAUGCCAUUUCCUAAGGAUACAAAGUGGGAAUUGAAAAUUGUCUACAAUGCUUAUAUCGACGGCUCUGGAUUUGUCAUAAAUUCCUACAAGAACUCAAGAGGAGGAGAAAGCUUCUAUGCAACUGCCCUUUUUGAACCUACCGGUGCUCGUGCCGUUUUUCCAUGUUAUGAUGAACCCAAUAGGAGGGCCACAUUUAAAAUUACCAUUCAUCAUGGUCGUAACUAUGGUGUCACAUCAAAUAUGCCAAGGAUUAACGAAGCUUCAAUAAAUGGCACAACAGUCUUUUGGGAAACAGAGAGGAUGCCUACGUAUCUGCUUGCCCUUUGCAUAUGCAAUUUAAGUUUAGAGACAGGCUCCAUUGAAGGUCUCUAUCAACGUGUCCUCUACAAUAGAGACAAGGUAUCGAAACCAACCCGAUUUAAUGCUGAAGGCCUUAUAAUGACCAGCAAAUUGGUUAAGUAUUUUGAUGUGAAAUUCAUGUUGCCAAAAUUAGACCAUGCUCCCCUACAAAUACGAAAUCAUAAGGCCAUGGAACAAUGGGGAUUGAUUGUUUAUUCUCACCAUGAGAUUCGGUUUAAUAUGGAAAACAAAGAUGUGGAUUUCGAUGCUAAAAUUCGCAUUGCUCGUGGCUGCAGCAAACAAUGGUUCGGUGGCUAUUUGUCCAUAGAAUGGUGGAAUUAUUUGUGGCUAAAGGAGGGUCUUUCACAGCUAAUGGCUUAUAUGGCGACUUUCAUGGCUUACCCAGAUAUUGGAUCCUGGCAACGAUUUCAAAGGGAAGUCUAUGGGCAAGCUUUGAAUAUCAAUGACGAAGUUAAUCAAAGGCCAUUAACUUAUUAUGUGGAAAGGAAAGAAGACAUUUCCAAACUCUAUGACCAGGUGACUUCCUUGAAGGCAGCUUCAGUUCUGAAUAUGUGGAGACAUGCUUUAACUGAUGACGUUUUCAAAAACAGUUUGCACAAGUAUUUGAUAACAAACGAAUUUGGAGCCACCACCGAAGCAGAUUUCUUUGCAGCCUUAGAUAGUGCAUUGCAAGACCAAACCAUUAAUUUGCCUGCUUCUAUUUGGACUAUGUUGGCUUCCUGGACUCAACAAGGUGGCUAUCCCAUGCUUACAGUUAGCCGACAUUAUGAGAAUGGCUGUUUUAACAUCACUCAGCAGGAGUAUUUCCACAAUGCCCACUCAGAAUCGCAAAAGAUGUGGUUUGUUACAUUAAAUUUUGCCACCCAAUCGGAAGCAGAUUUUCGCAACACUACGGCUACCCAUUAUCUGUUGAAUGUCCCAAGUAUUGAAGUGUGCGGCAACAUAUCCCACGACGAGUGGUUGAUUGUGAAUAAACAGUCCUCGGGUUUCUAUCGCAUCAACUAUGAUGAACGCAAUUGGAAAUUGAUUAUCGAUGGUCUUUUAAAGAGACCCUACAAAAUUCAUUCCCACAAUCGGGCCCAACUAAUGGAUGAUGCCUACCAUUUGUGGCAAACGAACCGUCUUAAUGCCAGCAUCCUCUUGGAAUUGCUAACCUAUCUGAAAAACGAAGACCACUAUGCCGCCUGGUCGGUUGCAAAUGAAAUUCUUCGUGAUUUCUAUCAAAAAUUGAACGGUUAUUUCAAUUUUGAAACUUUCGCAGAUGAACUGAUCAAUCCCAUCUACAGAAAGUUGGGCGUUCUCACCGAUGAGCCAUACCUGGUAAAUGUUCCACGUAAACUUUUAAUCGAUCUGGCAUGUUUGGUUGGUUUGACAGAGUGUCUGAGAGAUAUGGCCAUUUUGGUGGAGAAUUACGUAGAGCAGAAUAUUCCAAUUGAAGAUGGUAUCACUCCAGAAGUUCUCUGCUAUGGUCUACGUCAAUCGAGCUACAAGAUUUUCAAUUAUAUUUACAGAAUCUAUGAAAAUUAUGACAACGAAGUUGCCGCAAACUUGCUGUAUUCAAUGCUAAAGUGUGUUGCUACCAAGGGUCGUCAUGUAAAGCCAUUAAAGGUUUUAGGUCACAAUGGAAUGUCAGCCUUUAGUCGUUAUUUACACGACUUUAUUGACAUCAUGAUUAUCCCCGAAAAUCAUACAUCCUUUGCAUUUGAUGAUCAGAAAGCUAAAAUUCUACAACAUUCAGAAAAUGCCAUACAGAUGCUAGAACUAGAGCAUGAUGCUGCAGUUGAAACUCGAAUGGACCAUGAGGCAAAAUUUGUGCCCAUCAUCAUGUGGUUGGACAACUAUAAAAACCGUCAAACCAGUAAACUAAACGAGAUUGAAUACCGAUGGCCAGAACCAUGGUUAAGCUGGGCUCAGGCGGAGAAUGUCUUGGUCGACCUGGGGCCUCGGGAGGACGCAAUGGAACUGGAGACUGCAGUCGAUCUUGUCACGGGAUGCCUGAACGAGGCCUUUUUGGUGGCAUGUCCCGAAAGAAUACCACCACGCAAAACCAACCAGUCAUGGUGGUCAUCGGAACUGAAGGUGCUCAGAAGGGAGAGCAGAAAACUUUUUAACAAGGCCAAGAGGGAGAACACGGCAGAGGGCUGGGACGAGUGUCGUGACGCCCUAGGCAAGUUCAACAAGGAGACGAGAAAGGCGAAGAGAAGUUCCAGGGCGAAAUUUUGUGGGGAAUUGGAAGGCACUAGUGAGGCAUCUAGGUUGCGCAAAGUGCUCUCGAAGGAUCCCAUCACGCCUAGCUUCCUGAGGAAGGACGACGGUACUUACACUGAGAGUGGACAGGAGACGGUGGAACUCCUGAUGGAGGCUUAUUUCACAAGCUGCCAGGAAGAGGUCGGCGAUCAGGACAUCGCAAUACCUACACUUGUGGUCUUAACGGAUGACCUCAUCAGUUUACCAGGAUGGGAGGAGAUACCCUUGGAUUGUAAAUUACCCAUGCUGAAAUCUCCUGGAAAUCAAGUCAUCUUCACCAAAAGCAAAAUCGGUCAAGUAAAGCAUAAUGACAGUCAAGAGUUUGAAGUGACACCCUGUGCCAGUUUCCCCGAAUACAGUCCCUUACAAGAUAAAAAUCUCAGAAGUUUCUUUGCAAAUGAGAAAAACUUGAGGAGGCUUAGAGAAAAUGGAGAAAUUACUCCGGAUAACUAUGUGAUAAGCAGUCUAAAGGAUUUCAACAAGUUUCGCCAAGAAUUACAUAAACGCGGUGGUAUGAAGGAACAGAAAAAAAGGGAGGACGAACAACGUGAUCGUGCUCUUAUAGCCUAUGCUGAGUACAUUUCAAAAUGUGAUUACCAAAAUUUAGCAAAUCGUCGAGAUUAUCGACAAGAAGCCAUUCAACGAAAAACCCAAACAGAUCAGCAACGCCAAGAGCGCAAUAAAAAAAUCUGGCAAACCAAAUUGAACAAAAUAGCCUUGAUAAAAAUGCGUCAGGAUGUGAAGGCAACCACUAUUGAACAUCAAAAGUUGCUUCAACAGCUUCGCAUGAAAAGGCAUUGGGAUAGAAGCCAUGAUAUCUAUCGCCGAAAACACAAUGCCCUCGUAAAGCAUUUGAGUUUUAAAAGUGAUCGCUUCAAGAGAAACAUGAAAAAACUAAGAGAAAAAUCUUCACGAAAUACCGAUGAGAGACUGAUAAAUGCUUGGAAUAAACGCAUAGCAGAACGUAUAGCAAAUCAAGAGAAAAUUCGCAAUCUAUUGGCGAAAAUUGAAAAAGAGAAAAAAGUUAGUAUUGAGAAGCAUAAGACCAAAAGUCAGGAAAAAUGGUUGGCCAUUCAGAAGGCUAUUAAAAACCGAGCCAUGCGCAAUAGAAAAAAAUUUCAGUUUCAUAUUCGCAAAGAGCAAAGCGUUCCACCCAAUGAGCCUGGAGCCCAUAAAUCAUCAUUUUGUGCGGAAUUUCAAAGUAGUUUCGAUCGGCUUCAUGAGGCUGAUGUGUGUAAGGCCUUAAAUGCCGUUUUGGAUUUGCAAGACGACAUCAAACUACCCUUUGCAGCCGAUGAUCCCAUUUACAAAGCAGUCGAGUUUAUAAUGCAACACAUUUUGCAGAAACUCAAUAAGGAUUUGUCCGGCAAUAAGGUGGCCUAUCAAAGUCUAUAUGAGCGCAUUGAUAAGUUCUUCGAGGAUGCCAAGAAAUUUGUGAUAUUUAGAUCAACUCAAAUCAUAUCUGCCGCUCGAAAAUCAAUGGGAGAUGCUAUGAGCCACAAAAGUUAUGAAAAGGAUUUCAAUCAUGACAAAGCGAAAUCAUUUUCUAAGCGCACCUCAACGGGCAGAGUAUCGUUUAAUGGAAUUUCUAGUACCAUAGGCAUUUCGAGCUAUGAAAUCCAUCCCCUGAUUAAGGUCAAAGAGGUGGGACAUAGAAGACCCACACCUGCGGGUUCCUUGGCAUCCUUUGUUCUGCACUCCAAUACCAGUUUGGCUCAGAAAACCGAAAUCCCGAAUUUAUGCCGCAACGAGCUUGUCUUUAUUGAGCAUUAUUUUUCUAAAUUCAAAAGAGAUUUAAUUGUUGGUGUGGGUCGUCGAGUAUUUGCGGCCAUACAAUGCCAUUUUGAGAAUAAAAUCAUGGAUGUGCGACAAGAAUUACUAGAAAUCGAUCGAAAAUUUUUGGUUAAACGCACCACCAAAUCUAUUCUCAGUUAUGCUGUUAAUUCUCUAGAUUUCGAUUCGAAUCUGAAAUUGUGUAUAAGUGCCCUUUCAAGUGAUGUAAUAUGGUCUCUGCAAAAAGUGUUGCUGAAGACGAUUAGAGAUCCAAGGAGAAUUGUUAAGCCUCAUUUGGUCAUAGAAUCACUCGCGUGGCAUAAGUAUCCAUUAAACGGCGGCAUUACCGGAAAAGUUGCAACAGAUUUAAACGUUCGUCUGCCCAAUCACACAGUGCCGCUGCAUUAUGACAUACGUUUGGGUACAAGAUUCGAUAUGGGCAUUGCAUCUUUUUAUGGAGUAGUAACCAUUGAUUUUAAAGUGCUAGAGGAAACACCAUUCAUUGUUUUACACGCACGCGAUUUGGAUAUUAUCGGGGCUGUGAUUAGAAAUGGCACACGCUUUGUGGAUGCAUUGUACCCCGAGUAUGACAGACCUAGAUGUUUGCUCAAAUUAAGACUUCCCAAGGGUAAGUUGUUCCAGAAGGGUGACCAAAGACAACUGCAUAUGAUGUACGAUGCCACUCAUGGUUCUGAAAGGGGUUUCGUAAUGCUAAAAUACCAGAAUAUCGAGGGCGAGGAUAGACGUUUAGCAUUCUCCCGUUUCGAUUACACAUAUGCUCGCACCGCCUUUCCCUGCUACGAUGAGCCUAAUAAAAAAGCAACUUUUAGGAUAACUGUACAACAUAAUCCCGAUGUCUGGGCCGUUUCGAAUAUGCCAAAGGAUGAAAAAGAAACGACCCUAGGCAAAUUUGUAUUCCAGAAAACUGAAAGAAUCUCCCCACACAUGGUUGAAUUGUUUGCAUCAGAUUUCGAUUACACGCAGUCUAAUCUAUUUGGUAUCAAGCAGAGACUUUUUGCUCCGAAUGGAGAAAAGUUUCCCCUAAGUGAUGUCAUUAAAAUGAACAAACUAACAGCAGAGUACUUCAAUUCAACAUUUAUAUUGCAACAAUUGGAACAUAUAAUUCUGCUUGCCAGUGUGGACAAGUCAGAUUUGCAUAUGACCAUAGAUUCGGGUGAGGAAAUGCUGCCAAUGAGAAGCGCAGCAACAACUGAGGACUGGAUAAAUUUGUUUCUACGAAUUGCCCAUGGUAUAAGUCAUAAAUAUUUUGGUGAAUUUAUUUCCCCUGAAUGGUGGAACUAUCUGUGGAUGACAGAAGGUUUUGCCAAUCUGUUUUCCUACAUGACAUUGAAUAUGACUUUUCCAGAUUGGGAUAUUUGGCAAUAUUUCUAUGUAGAAGUCUACAAUCGUGCUAUGACUAUUGAUGCCAGCGAUAAUGCAAGGCCUUUGUCCUAUUGUGCCGAAGAUAACAUGGAAAUAGGCUCUCUCUGCGAUAACAUUACCCAUCUUAAAGGAGCUUCAAUUCUGAACAUGUGGAGACAUGCUUUGACUGACAACAUUUUUCGACAAUCUAGCAGAAGCUUUCUUGAUGUGAACUUAUUUAAUGCCACAUCCGAAGAUGAUCUCUACAAAGCUAUUCAAAGUGUAGUAGAUGAGGAGAAAUUCGUACUACCUGCUCCAAUUGGUGAUAUGGUGGCUUCCUGGACCCAACAGAGCGGUUAUCCAGUUCUUAAGGUUACUCGUAACUAUGGAAACGGCUGUUUCACUGUUUCCCAAGAAGACUUUUCGACCAACUCCACAACCAAAUCGAAUAAAUUAUGGUUUAUACCCUUUAACUAUGUAACUAAAUCGAAAGCGGAUUUUCGUGACACCAAGGCAACCCAUUAUCUACUCAAUGAGACAAGUCUAACAAUUUGUGAGAACAUUCCCCAAAAUGAUUGGCUGAUACUCAACAAACAGUCGACGGGUUAUUAUCGCAUCAACUAUGAUGAGCGCAAUUGGUUUCUGAUUAUAGAUGCACUUCGCUCGAAUCCCCACCAAAUACAUCCCCUGAAUCGUGCUCAGCUUUUGAAUGAUGCCUAUCAUUUGUGCAAGGAUGGCCAUACUUUCCACUCCUUCACCCGCGAAUUGAUUCAUAGAGAUUUGUUUAUGUAUAUGUCGGGAGAAAAUGCAUAUGCCCCUUGGUUAAUAUUCACAGAAAUCAUGAAGAAUUAUCCGAAGAAAUGGAAACGCGAUGAAUAUUUCAGAAAAUUCAUAAAGUUCCUAAGGCCCAUCUAUAACAAAUGGGGGGUUAAUGAAAUCCCCGGAGAAACUCAUUUGGAUCGAUUAACACGCCGUUCCAUAAUCCAUGUUGCCUGUCUGUAUGGAAUGACCCAAUGUUUGCAGGAUACAAAUGCCAAACUUCAACAUAGCUUCGAGCGGAAUGUAGCCAUCGAAGUAAACCUUCAGUCGGAAAUUUAUUGCUUUGGCAUAAAACAAGCCACGAAUGAAAUGUUGGAAAUGAUCAGCGAUAGAUUAACGAAAACGUCGGACAAAUCAGAGAUAUAUUUGUUUAAAUUGGCUAUGGAAUGUGCUAGGCCAGCUGAAGACGACCAAGCCUACGAGGUCGACGUAGACAAAAGCAGCGAAGACGAAUACAUCUAAUUCGAAAAGGAGGACAGAUUCGAAGCGAUGUGGAAAUUAUAGAAAAACUAGCUGAACCGGGUCCGUUCCGUUGGCAUUUAUUUUAACUUUAUAUGGAACCAGAUUAUCCGUUGAAUAUUUAUUUACGAUAAUUAAAGAGUUUUUAGUGAAAUACCAUGCACGAAAAUAGUAUAUGUAUAAGGCUUCACUAACUGUAUAACAAUAUUAAUGGCUUUAUCUCAAUCCCAUA